AAUACGUCUGUAAUAAUAUAUACAUAUACACAUACAUAGCUAUAUAUUGAAUGCAUACAUGUACAUAUGUACAUAAUAUAAAUUAAUGCUUGAUUCACAAGCAACGAAAGUGUAUGUGAUUUUGCGUAUAAGCGGUGAAAGCAAAGUCGAUUGUGUGAUGUUGAAUGUAGACAUAUGUGAAAUUCGUGCAAUACCGGACAAGAUUGAUAUAGGUCUAAGUUUUGCCAAUGUUGGAAUGAUAUGUAUUAAAGAUAAAGAAUAACGAAAAAAAAAAAAAAAAAUAUUAAAAAACUUCGAUAAAAAUGGGUAAUCACGUGGCACGUAAUAUAAGCAAUUCUACUAAAAAGACUGAUGCAGUUACAAAUAAUAGCAAUGCGCUAACUACAAACACGGUUUCACGAAGUUCCUCUGGUAAUGACAUCGAACAUAGUUCUCCUACACAAUUUUUCCCAAUUGAUAACCUAGCCAAGAUUUUAUCGCAUCUUACAUAUGAAGAAAAACAUGUACACGGAAUCACGAUGUCUGUGUUUGAAAAGUACUUAUUUCCUAAUUAUCCUACAUUAGCUGAAAAGUUAUUUACUUAUUUGCAUCACUCUGCUGAAGCAAGUACACCACAUUUGACAGUUUCUGCGUUUAAACAACAAUCAGAAAAAUUUCUGUCUGUCAUGAGCGACCAAACUAUAUUAGAAAAUUAUAUAACAAUAUACUCUAAUAUAAAAGAUGGAGAUAUAUGUCCUGAUCUACUAAGAUCUUUACUGAUGACUUGUUAUCAGCUGGCAAUGGAUAGUACGGGAACUACGACAUGUAUUUAUAUACAUCGUGUUGUCAAUGCUGUUGUCAUUUCAUGUUUUCAUGGAAAAGAUACUUUAUCUGUGAGUUAUGUUAGUAAUUGGAUGUGGCAGCAUUGUUCACGUAUUGUACAUGGACUACAUUGCUAUGUAGUUCAUGUAUUGACAACAGCUUAUAGAAAUGGUAAAGCAUUGCUAUCAAAAGAACAGCCGCAACCACAUUUAGAAAUUCCAACACCUGUAUUAGAACGUGCUGAUUGUUUCGAUCAACCUCAAGCAUUAUUGCCUGUGAGCUAUGUUUGGUUAUUAUCAACCACUUUACCACAAUGUUAUCUUCAGGCAAAUGAUACACCCAAGGAUAUAACGCACGCCAUUAUAGCCAGAACUACAGGCAAUAUAUGUCCUAGACACUGGACUUUAUUAUAUAACAGUUCAGAGCAUGGAGCAGGCGCUAAUCGCUUUCUUCAUCAUGUGUUAGGCUACAGAGGUCCAACGUUGUUAUUUGUAAAAGCUGCUGAUCCAGAAAAGGAUGGUGAAUAUUUCAUGUACUGCAUGUGCUCAGCAGUUGAAUGGCGUGAAAGUCAUCUUUAUUGGGGUGAUGAAGAUUCAGUGGGAAUUCAAUUAAGUCCAUUCUACAGAGUUAUAGAGAAAGGACCUAAAGUACUGUAUCUAAAUACAGGAAUCAGAGGUUAUCCUCAUGGCUUGCGAUUUGGAAGUAAUCCACGUUCACCACAUAUAAGUAUUGAUGAAUCAUUCCAUUCGGUCAGUAUAGCAGGUGCACCAUAUCCUAUUGCUACUCUAGAAGUUUGGGGAUGUGGAGAUGUAAAGUUAAGAGAACGGCAAUUGGACAUUAAAAAGUGGCAAGUAAAAGAGGCAGAAAGACAAAGAAUUGUUAAAUUAAGUGCUAGCGAUUGGUUGGAUCAUCCUGAUCGUUAUCUUCUUGAACUAGCAGGAAGAGCAUCUUACAAUGAAUCUAAUAAAUAACCGGGAUUAUAAAACUGUAUUAUGAAACUUAUAAAUUUAUGCAGGAUUAGAGUCAU